CGUGGCGUCCCUCUUUCCAGAUGGAACGAAAUACAGAGUAUAAACUCAGAUUUCUCAGAACACAGAACUACACUAUCCUUGAAUAGAAUUUCAGACUCAUUUAUAAAUUCUAGGAUUCUUCUGAGAUUAUUUUCUUCUCAAUUUUUCAUUUUCCUGUUUGGAUGCCGAGAAAAAAAACGCAUUAAAGAAUAGAAAAACUCUCUUUCUCCAGACUUAGCAUUGCUUCUUCUGUGCUAUUCGAGCUUUCAUCUUCUAAAUAAAAACUAAGUUUCAGCUAUUCUACACUCGGCUGAUCUCAUUCCUUUUUCAUUUUCUUUGCUUCCCUUCUUGUUCUUAUGGUUUCCAAGUAACUCUAUUUCAAAGUAAGCGUGAAAAGGACGGUUCUGGUUUUAGGCGGCCUUGAGAACCUUUGAAGGUUUCGCUGUUUGUUUUGUUUUGUUCUCUCUCUCUCUCUCUCUCUCUGUGUCUUUUUUAAAUUCUUUGUAAAAAUCCUACUUGAAUGUUUCUACAAUGGCGGAUUCCACGAAAGUGAGGCUCGUACGGUGUCCAAAGUGUGAAAACCUUCUUCCGGAGCUCGCGGAUUACUCUGUCUAUCAAUGUGGUGGUUGUGGUGCUGUUCUUCGAGCAAAAAAUAAAAAUCGGGACACAAAUACUUCAUCACAGAAGUUGGAUGAAGUUCGGGUUGCUGGAGUAACUGCUGAAUUGCAAAAUUCCUUGGGAAAGGGAGUUAUGAAGUUGAGUGAUUCUUCUGAUGUCGAUGUUAAGUCCAAUGCUGGAUCUUUGAGUUGUGAUGAAAAGAACCCUGAUGAGAUAGGUGAUGCUGAUGCUGAUAGAUGUAGGAAUCAAUCUAAGGCUACAAGUGGUAAAUCGGUAGUUGAAAAUGAUCUUGAUAUGAAAAUGAACAGAGAAAAUUCGGGUAGUUCUAUGGGAAGAGAACAUGACAAUUUGAAUUCUGAAAUCAGACACAUGAGUAGGUCUUGGAGAUCUGGACAGAUGUCAGGCUGGGAAUGUGAGGAGAUAGGUGAAAUGGAGGGCUAUCAAAAAGUCUUGAGAACUGAGGUUGAAAGUGUGAAAUUUUCUACUUCGAACUACCCAGAUGAGGGCCCAUCUAAUUACAAUUUGGAUUCUUCUUAUGAUUGUGAAGAGCCAUUGAAGAAUCAUGAUGACCAUGAUGGGGCUAAUAAAGUUCAACACCUUGAAAAAGAUCGAGCAGAACUUCUCAGGAAAUUGGAUGAACUAAAGGAACAACUUAGUAGGUCCUAUGAUGUGGCUGAUAAAACCAAGGAGAAGGUUCCUCUUAAUGGGAGAAUGGCUCCACCAGAUCCUUAUGCUGAUUCUGAUACUUGGUUUCCUGGUGCUUCAUCAAUGCCUGAUAGGCCUUCUAUGCAGUUUUUUGCACCCGAUCGACAUGCAGCCAGGCCUCCUUAUUUCCAUCAUCACCCUGAUCCAUUUCCUUAUACCAAUGCGCAUGAAAUGGCUAUGCAUAAUUUUUAUCCUUCAAUGCAGAAGUCAAAUCAGAUUCCUGGGUUUGGGGAUACAUUUGUGCUCAAAAGAGCUCCACAUCAGUUAUCUGGACAUUGCCAACAACCAUCCCGUCAAUACUUCUCUAGGCAUAUCUGUGAUACUAAUCCGGAUCCAUUUGAGCCAUACACAUCCAAUGCAACCUUUCACCAGCCUUCAUGUUCUUGUUUUCAUUGUUAUGAGAGAUAUCAGGGAGUUUCAGCACCAGUUCUACCCACUGCUUUCUGUAAUAAAAGGUUCGCUGAUGUUUCAAACAAUCGUAUGCUGUACCAACAUGAAAACCCUGAGGCAUUUGGCCCACAUGUUCCAAAUUCCAGGACUACUGUUCCUCCAAUGGAUUUUCGUGGUCCCCAAUACUACACAAGAUGGCCAAGUGAUCCUAACUCUGAAAUGGGUGGUUUUGCUCGCUAUCGGCCUCGGAGAGUGGUAUUAGCCAAUGGUGGCCGAUGCUAUCGUCCCAUAAUCGGUGGUGCUCCAUUUUUUACUUGUUUUAUCUGCUUUGAACUGUUGCGAUUUCCCAAGAAAGCAUUGCUCAUGGGGAAGAAUCAACAAAAGAUCCGGUGUGGUGCCUGUUCUACAGUAAUAAAUUUUGCUAUUGUAAACAAGAAACUUGUUCUUUCUGUUGACACAGAAAUAACACAAAUUGCAAGAGAGGUUGAUGAUAGCUCUACUGAGAUGCUUAAAGAAAAUACUUCAUACUCCCAUAGCCGUGUGGGCAGGAUAAAUGCUAAUUUCUCUUCCGAUGAUUAUGAUGAUUCUGUUUAUGACUUCCAAGCAGUGGAUACAGAUUCAACCACAUUACUAUCAGGCCAGGGUUUGAACUCAAUGAAGCAUCAAGAAAUGAAUAGCUUCCACACUUCAUCUCCAAGUACCUCUGAGGAUGCAACCAGUUCAGAUGCUUUGAUUACUCCAAGAGAUGUCAUCGACUCUGUUCAGCAGCCUAUUAAAGAUAGUCUAUCUCCACCACCUCCAGGGUCACCUCUUCAACAGCAUUUUGAUUAUUCUACUAACAAUAAUGUGGUGAACCGUUUUGGGAAGGGAAACCGAAGUAGUCGCUCAGAUCAAGAAAAAGUGAUAACAAACAAAACUACCACACGGCAAAAUUCUAUGAAAGAGGCAUCUCUGGCUACUGAGAUAGAGGUCCCAUUCAAUGAGUACUCUAAUACUGGGGUGUCCCAGGAUUCUGGGGAUGCAAACAGAGAGGAUAAUCAAUUGAAAAUCAACAAAGGAGGUGAAUCAUUUUUCGCAAACAUUAUAAAGAAGAGCUUUAAGGAUUUUUCGAGAUCAAAUCAAACUCAUGAGCGUAGUAGAAGUAAUGUUUCUGUGAAUGGCCAUCCAAUACCAGAUCGUUUGGUUAAGAAGGCUGAGAAGUUGGCUGGACCAAUCCAUCCUGGACUGUAUUGGUAUGAUUUUCGAGCUGGAUUUUGGGGUGUCAUAGGUGGGCCUUGUCUUGGCAUAAUUCCUCCUUUUAUCGAAGAAUUCAAUUAUUCAAUGCCAGAAAAUUGUGGUGGUGGGAAUACUGGUGUUUUUGUAAAUGGUAGAGAACUUCACCAAAAAGAUUUGGAUCUGCUUGCUGGCAGAGGACUUCCAACUGAUAGAGCAAGAUCUUACAUCAUUGAGAUCUCUGGAAGAGUCCUGGAUGAGGACACUGGUGAAGAGCUGGAUAGCCUUGGGAAGCUUGCUCCUACAGUCGAGAAGGUAAAGCAUGGAUUUGGCAUGAAAGUUCCAAAAGCAGCUGCAUAAUGAAACUAUAGGAGAUGCAAAGUCCUAAUGUGGCUUCUGGCAUGUGGUAAAAUCUUAAGCCUUCCUUUACUGAAAUUUGAAACACCAUCUUAGAAUAUAUGUUAGAAGAGUGUGGACAGUUAAAUAUAAAGCGAUCUUCCGUCUUUUUGAUAAUGUAUUUUAAUCAUUAUUUGGCUAAUUGACAAUGAUCUUGUGCUAUGCUUUGCAUUUAGGGAUGUAAUUUUGCAAGUCUAGUUCACAAUCAAACAUUUUCGUAUCUUUUGAA